CGGUGCGGAAGAGGGUAGUUUUCAAGUCACAAUCGAACAAGGGGCGGUGGCAAUGAAUUGCCAAUAGCUACAACAUAGCCCCAUAAAAACUUUGUGGAACUUAUUUCCCCCGUGCACUGUGCGUGCAUCUAGAUCAUGCAUGUGAUAUACGAGGCAUCCAGGCCUGGGUGUGUAUGUAACCAAGCAUUUCUAUGUAACGCUCACAUACACAUCGUUAGGCUACAUGAACUGGAUACGUACAUGCAAGUGUGUGUGUGUUGUGCGUGAACUUUUUUUCUUAGCCAUUCAUGUGCGUGCAUGCGACUCACGUAAAAAUUAAAGCGUGUUACAAUCUCUGUACCUCCCGACCUGAUUCGGGGAAUCAAAAUGGCGGCGGUGGAGACGAGGAGAGUAAAAAAUGGCGGCGAAGGUUCACACCGGAGGCAAGAAAGACCCGUAACUUUCGCUGAGUUUGGACUGGAUUUAAAACCAUAUUUCACUGAAUUUAAAGACGAUGACAGACCUUCAACCUUUGCAGAUUUUGGUGUUGACGUCGAAAGCGAAAGGCCUACAGUUGACACAUUAGUCGGAAAGUAUCGAAAGUUUUCAAAACUGAAUCGUGAAGAAAAGAUAUUCUUGGUCACUUGUCUGCUGACCAUUUUAGCCAUUCUUGGAUUGACAUCUGACAGAGUAGCCAUUGUCGAGAAGGCUUCGGAUGAUUUCACAUUCGCCAUCUUACUCCUUAUAAAUAUACUGUUUUGUUUGUUCUACGUGGUUAAUGGUGUUCUAGGCGAGCAUGCCUACGAGUUGUUCGUCUUCGCUUUUAGCAUGUCAGUAAUCUUUGUCUACUGUAUCACAAACUUCUUAGAAACAUCAGACGAUUCUGUUGAAUUGGCUCGAUUGAUCAUCGAGUGUAUCUUCUUUCCAUUUCAAAUCGGUUUCAGUAUCUCCAUGGGCAUCAAGUACAAACGAGCGAAGAAUUUAAUCUUCCGAACCGUGGGCGCCAAUUUAUACCUUCAAGACCUGUGCGGCAAUAUGUACCUGUUUGUUGAUUUGUUAAAAGUUGAUUUGCAGCUAGAGACCAGCAUGGUCAUUCUGGUCCUCGAUGACGGUAUCAACAUCAAUGGCUUUGAAAAGAUUGUUCUCAGUCUUGGUCUCCCUUUAGGGUUCAUGUGGAACAUACUUGGUUUCCUGGCAUUACGAUAUGAAAACAGAAUUCUGGUGGUUCUCUUCUUAGCAACUGGAUGGAUCUUACCCGCAUUCAUCACAUACAAGUUCAUUGACUUGUCGAUGAGAUGGGAGGAGUGGCCGACGAAGGAAGAUAAACUACUCCCAACAUGUAUCAUAGUCUGUGGGAUACUAGGUCUCAUCAUACGUGUGUUUCUCGUGGUCGUAUGCGUUCAUCUUACCGUGAAUUUCGGUCAUGGACUUGGAGAAAAGGUUUAUGGAGCAAGAAAGCGAACCGACACGACGGAUAACCUCACCAAUCCACCCGUUCAAAGAAGAACACGAACCCGGUUGCUUCCUAUCCGGCCUUUCAGCUGGCCCCAGUUCUCCCUUAGCAGCCGACAGCAGCAGCAACAUUUCCCGCUAGACAGGCUGGCCGAGAGGUCCCUAAGUGGAGUCGGCUGAUUGCCAUCAUAUCGCAUUCUAAGUUCCGUUCAUAGUUCAUUUGUAAGACCGGUUAUCCGUUGAUUAUCAAUUUUAGACGAAUGGAUAACCGGUAUCAGUAUAUUUGAGGGAUAUGAAUAAAAUCAAGUACAUUCAUCCCGUUUGUCUUUCACUGCAGUGCUUUGCAAUUUAUUUAUUUUAUCAAUCAAACAACAGAUUGUUUCACUAGUGUUUUUCAUCACAUAUCCUGUUUCCUUAAGGAUUUUCGACAAUUGAAAAUAGGGCCUACUUUUUGGAAAUUUACCACACCGCUGUCAUUCAUUUAAACAGGUAGAUCUACUGUACUCGUUAUUGCAAAAAAUGAAUACUUUAAGGGUAAAUAAUCUAGUGAUCACUGCUGUGUAUAUACUUGCCUAAUACCUUAUUUUUUGUCUUGCUGCUUAGCAGAGCGAGACUACAGGCGCCGCAUUUUCCGACAACGGCGGUGGCGGCGUCAACAUGAUCUACUGUACUCGUUAUUGCAAAAAAUGAAUACUUUAAGGGUAAAUAAUCUAGUGAUCACUGCUGUGUAUAUACUUGCCUAAUACCUUAUUUUUUGUCUUGCUGCUUAGCAGAGCGAGACUACAGGCGCCGCAUUUUCCGACAACGGCGGUGGCGGCGUCAACAUUGAAAUCCUAACGAACGUCAAGUUCUUGAAAUGUCGUCAUAACUCUAAAAGAGUGUGACUCAAGUUCAUGCAACUUGGACAUAAGAGCAACCAAGUAUUACUUAACAUCCUGUGUGAGUUUCAGGUCACAUGAAAUAGGUCAAAACUUAUUUAGGGUCAAGGAAGUUUGACCAUGUUUGAGGUAUUUGUUAAAUUGCUAUCAUAACUUUGAAAGUAUACGGAUCUAAACAGUCAAUGAAUCUUUGACAUAAGCGUAAUCUAGUAUGACUGAAUAUCCUGCGUGAGGUCAGGUCGCAUGACCAAGUUCAAAUGUCAUUUACGGUCAGUGAACUUUGGCCAUGGUGGGGAUAUUGGUAGAAUUGGCAUCAUAACUUUAAAAGCUUAAUGGAUCUGGUUCAUGAAACAUGGACAUAUUCGGGUAAUCGCAUGAGCCUUAGAUUAUAAUUAUGAUCAAGGUCAAAUGUCAUCUAUGUUCCGAUAUGAAUAUCAUAUUUUAUUAUCAUGAAUGGUGUUUUCUGAAUAAUUAUACAGUAGUCGUUUUCAAAGUCAGCACUGCUGCUUUAUUGAAUCUCGUAAUGCAGGCGAGGACUGCCAGAUGCGUUUAACUUGCUAAAAAGUAAAAAAAAAAAAAAAAACAGUGUUUGUGUUAAAAUAUAGUUACCUACGGAGCCUUUAAAGUGCCAUCGACUUGACGACUUGGCGAGAUACGGUAUCUCUUAGCCGAGUUAUAAAAAGUUAUAUGUCGACAUGGCGAGAUUCGGUAUCUUGCCAAGUCGACUUAUAAAACAUCAUUUGUUGACAAGGCAAGAUACUAAUUAGUGUCCAAGGCUCGGCAAGAGUCCAAAUAUCUCGCGAAGUUGACAUAAUAAGGUUAUUAUGUCGACAUGACAAGAUUAAGUAUUUCGCCAAGUCGUCAAGUGAUGGCACUUUGAAGGCUCCUUAGUCACCCGUUGUUGAUUUGCAAGUUUUGGUAGGGCAUUCUGAAACUAAUAUGAUGAAUUAAACAUUUACAUUGGGUUGGGCAAAAGAUGAAUAAACAUGCAGAUAAGCUAGUUAAACUCGUUCAAGGGUGAUCCAAACUUGGUCAUAAAUACAUGUAUAAUGUAUGGGAAAAUAGAAAAAUAAGUAAAAAAAAAAUGGUGAAAGUUUGAAAGAAGUCGCACAAGCAAUAAUAAAGUUUCGACUGUUUUGAAAUUGAAAUCCCUUAAAUAUGUAAAUUUCAAAUCGGCAACUGGGUAAGUAAAUCAUGACAAGUUGGAAGGAUAUUUUUUUAUAGGCCAUGUACUUAAUUAUGAAGGAUUGUGCUUUUCUCUCAAGUAACUAUUCGUAUUAUAACGAAAUAAAGCAUAAUGCAUAUAUCCUCAUGAAAGGAAAUGUACCUUCAAAUAAAAUGUUUGAAAGAAACGACAAUUUAACAUUUUUAUGUAUUUGAGUAAAUGGGAGGGUAGUCCUUGUUCACCAUGAUAUCACCAAUGCGGCCAAUUCGAUUUUGUCAAAGCAUUCAUCCAUGUACUUGUCUGGAUUUGUUUUCUUCCGAUUGAAAUAACCGUUUUAUUUGAGUUGGAUUCCCCUACUGAUAAACGUACAGAGCAUCAUCAUUGUGGGGUGCUGUGGUCAAGUUGUUAUGACUCUUGUCUGUCAAUCUGAGGGACAUGGGUUCUAUUCCCAGCCAUUGUGUUAGCCUUCAUCCAGAAAUUUGCCCAACUGUGCUACACGCAACCCAGAUGAGGUGAAUGGGUACCCGGUAUAAAAAAAAUUCCUCGAAUGCUUGAGCUCUUAAAUUGGCAGCGCAGCAGAUUAAGCCGGAGUGAUAAUAGCAGCGCUUUCUAUAAAAACAAAUGCUUCAUAACUCCAAAUGUUAUUAUAAUUAUAAAACUUGUCAACAAGAUAGUAAUAAAGUCGUUCAAUUUUAGUUAAUGAUAGCAAACAUUAUAGAAUCAGAUAUCUCCAGUUUACCUUCUUUAUGUUUAAUAUUUCUAUCAAAUAUUUUGAAACAAUUCAGUAAUAGCAGAAUGCUUUUCUUGUGUAAUCGUACUCUGACCUGUUCUAUGAUAAAAUUAUCGAUUUACUAUUUCCCAACUUAAAAGCCUAUAGGUAUGCUGAUUCAAACUGGUUGAAUUUACAUUGAUAUUAUGUAAAUAUAAUGAACACAAAUUCUCAUUGAUAUGUCAUAUAAUAGGACAAGUCUACCCCCCCCCCCCCUUUCCCCAAAAAAGUUGAC